GCUCGUCGCCGUAGAAGGCGGCAUCACAAUGUCCAUCAGCAGCGAAACUCCCACCACCACCACUACCCAGAGCGACUUCAUCAAGGGCCACGACACCGUCUGUCUAGGCGGCACAUUCGACCACCUCCAUCCCGGCCACAAGCUCCUCCUCCACGCCACCGCCUUGCUCAUGAAGAUUCCCGACUCUGGCAAACAAGCCGUCCUCAUCGUCGGAAUCUCCGGCGACGAGCUUCUCACAAACAAGAAAUACGCAGAGGUCCUCCAGCCCUGGGCCGUGCGCGCAAACAACGUCCUCCAGUUCCUCUCCACAAUCUUCAACUCGGCGUCCUCGUCAAACACCAAUUCCCUCCCGCCCACGUCUUCCCCCUCGCAGGAUGAGCUUCACGCGACGUUUCGUAACGGCACGGUGCUGGUGCGCUGCGUCAACAUUCACGAUCCCUUUGGCCCGACCAUUACGGAAGAGGUCAUGGAUGUCAUUGUGGUCUCUGGCGAGACACGCAGUGGUGGACAGGCGAUUAACGACAAGAGGACCGAGAGAGGGUGGAAGCCAUUAGAUGUUUUUGAGAUUGAUGUGCUUGAUCCGCAAGACAUCUCGGAGGAGGGCAAUGGCGCACAGAGCAAUGGCUUUGCCUCAAAGAUUAGCAGCACAGAAAUACGGCGGCGGAUAGCUCAAGCACGGAAUGGUUCACAGUAGAUUUGAGUGAAGCAUUUUUUUAGCGAAUAUAUAUUAUUCAUCAAGCAUCUUCAAUAGUCAGCAUGUGCCAUAUCGUCAUCUUCACGCUCAGUCAGU